AUGGCCGGAGCUCAGAGCCCAGCCCAACAGGGUUUGGAAGAGUGGGAAGAGAUCGCUGACAACUACUCUGUCGUAUCACUCUCAUCCGAUGAUGAUGAGGAGGGCAGUGCUCCCCUCACCACGGCGACAACAGCCCGCAAGUCACCUUUGACUGCUGGUGCGGCCAAGAGGCCUUCGAGUGUUGCUGCUGGUCCUUCGACAACUGAAGACGCGAGUUCAUCUCGUCCGACUCCAGCAACGAGCAACGAUCAGCCUCCGAGGCGAGAAGUCCUAGAUUUGCUGGGAACUUCCCUGCUCCCCAACGAAGCCCUUUCGCCGAUAUGGAAAUCAUAUCAGAACAAGCAGCAAACUCCGACGCCGCCACCGAAACCUAGCAACGGGAAGGAAAUUGAGGAGUUGAAUCGAGAUAUUGGCCGCCUAACAAUGGGCACCGAGGACGCCGACGAAGCCGAGUCAUCGAGUAAACCGGAAGGCACCUUGGGCGACACUCUGGAUAUGGACGAUUCCUCGAUGAAUCCUACCAUCAUCAGCCAGAAGCUGGAGUCUCUUGGAGAAUACCUCCUCGACACAUUCAACCGGACCAGCAAGGAGCUUGCUGGCUUUGACAAGGCGCCGAAUAUUGCCAACAGUUGCCAGGCACUCAUGGCGAACAUCAAUGAGCUUCGUCCUAUCCUCGCUGAUUACGCAGCUUAUUGGGAUUCGAAUGAUGAAAGGGACAUACCGCUCGAUCCUAGUGUCACGCUGUGGAUGGAUUCCCUGCGUACUGUACUUGCAAGACUUCGGAGAAAGGCCAGAGCCUGGCCGCAGCAUCCGGCGGGAGAAGAGGCAAGGAUCCGCGCGAGCUUGAAUAAGUAUGCUGCUGCACUGGACAAGCAGGACAGGCAGAUGCAGGAGUUUCUGCCCAUCAUUCAAGCCGACUUCAACAGCUUCCGGACACAGGACAUGCAGUUUCCGGGCGAAAUCACGGAAGACUCCGCCACCGGUCCUGGACGUUCAGGCCGAAUUCCAACACGGCCCACGGAUCGUCUCUCCCAAGUUCGAGACGCUCUAUAUGCACUUAAGGAUCAAGUCCAGAAUACGAUCCAUGUCCUCGCAAUCAGCCACCACUUUCUUCCCCAAACUACCUCAGAGACUGCCGUAGCUGUCCUUCAGUGCCUUAGGUCUACUGUCAACGCCGCGUCUCUCGCCCUGACCAACAAUGGCUCGGAAUGGCUCGAGAGUGACUCUGGUAGAGCUCAUAUUGGGUUGCUGUCCCAUGCCGAGUUCAGCAAUUUGGAUCCUGCGAUGCUCCGGGACUACGCAUCGCGGCUGAAGCAAAUCUGCAACCUCGUAUCCGACCCCAGUAGUCAUCAGCGUUGGACCGAGGAAAUGAUUAAGGACCAUUACAUCUACAUGUUGGUCGAGCAGGAACAACUCGAUGCUCUCCAUAACAUCGCCUCUGCACUUGAGGAGAUGUUGCUCCCACAACACAUGAAAACCAAGACCGAGUUUGAUGAUUUCUUGAAGGAGAUGUGA